GUGGUGAUCUCCGAGGGCUGCGUCACUCAGGGAGAUUCAUCUGAUGCCAGCGAGGGAGGUAAAGAAAUAGACCUGACUGCCGGUUCCUCUCUGGUUCUGACCCAUAAGAUCAAACUGGUUCCGUCAGGCUUUGGGUCGGGAUCCGGGUCUUGUGGUUGUGAGGCGGACUUUGCUGCCCUGCGAGAGCGUCUGGAGAGGCUGGAGAGGGAGGUGUCGUCCCUCAGGGAGAAGUGUGGAGGACCUGAGGGGGGCUGCUGCACCUCCAAAGAGAGCAAAGGUGCAGGCUGCUCCAUUAAAACGGAGACGGACGAGUGCCCCAACGAGUGCAGUGAUCAGGGUCGCUGUGUGGACGGGAAGUGUGUCUGCUUCCCUGGCUUCAGCGGACCGGACUGCAGCGAGUCCGACUGUCCCGGAAACUGCAACGACAAAGGCCGGUGCAUCAACGGACAGUGUGUGUGCGACCCUGGCUUCACCGGCCCCGACUGCUCUGAGAACUCCUGUCCGGGCAACUGCAACAACCAGGGCCAGUGUGUGAACGGCAAGUGUGUGUGCAGUGAAGGCUUCUCCGGUCCCAGCUGCUCGGACCAAUCCUGUCCCGGAAACUGCAACAACAAGGGCCGCUGCAUCAACGGACAGUGUCUGUGCAACCCUGGGUUUACCGGACCAGAUUGUUCCAAAAGAUCAUGUCCUGAUAACUGCAACAACCGCGGGAGGUGUGUGAACGGUCAAUGUGAGUGCGAAAGCGGAUUCACCGGUCCCAGCUGCUCGGACGAGUCCUGUCCUGGAAACUGCAACAGUAGGGGGCGCUGUGUCAACGGAGAGUGCGUCUGCGAUGAAGGAUUUGGCGGCCCGGACUGCCUCGAAAUAACUUGCCCGAACGACUGCACCGAUCGCGGAAAGUGCGUGGACGGAAGGUGUGAGUGCGAAAGUGGUUUCACCGGAGAAGACUGCUCGCAGGUGUCCUGCCCGGGAAACUGCAACAGUAGGGGGCGCUGCGUUAACGGACAGUGUGUCUGCGAUGACGGUUUCAGCGGAUCGGACUGCUCUGAAAAAGCUUGUCCCAAUAACUGCAGCAACCGCGGGAAGUGCGUCAACGGGAAGUGUGUCUGCGAGGUGGGCUUCGCCGGGCAGGACUGCAGCGCCAAAGGUUGCCCUGGUAAUUGCAACAGCAAGGGGCGCUGCGUCAAAGGGAAGUGUGUCUGCCGCCGAGGGUUCAAAGGGCCGGACUGCAGCCAGUGUGAAGACGGCAUGACUGGACCCAACUGUGAUACCG